AUGUCUGUCGUCAACCAUGGCCAGAAAGUCGCCCUACAAAUGGACGCAUUAACAUCAUUGGAACUCAAAAGCUUCAAUACCCAAACAUCAAUCGACAUCUCAGCACUCUUACCAUCCGAAACAAACACGCCACCACCAGUAGUCGCACCUUUUCCCCUCCUCUCCCUACCUCUCGAACUCCUCCACCAAAUCGUCUCCAACUACUACGCCCUCCUCCCACACCUCACAAUAACUCAGUGUAACCAUCAUCUCCCGCACCACGCCCUCACACCCCUAGCCCUCUCAAACCCUCUCUUACUAGCUAUCCUCCCACCCUCCUUCUACUACGCACACGCUACUUUCGUCUUCUCGUCUCCAUCUCUUUUACAGCCCUUCGGCAACCAUUUCAACCGCUCAAAUCAAGUCCGGAAAAUCAAGAUAUGGUACGGAACUCUUGGACCUUUGGGACCUGGCACUGCUGCACGAGAACAGAGUGAGAAUGAUCAUGGAAAAGGAAAUGGGAGGCAAGACUGGGUAUUUUCCUUUCUUGAAGCGUUCAAAGGCUUAGAGGAAGUGACGUUCGUGAUAGAGUUGGGGAUAAGUAAAAGCUUUUGUGAAAGAAGUCAGCAUAUGAGGGUUAUGGAGGGGUGGUGGGGGUGUGUGAGGGAUGCGGUUAGGGAGGGGAUUGGUGCCCGGCCGGUUGGGCGAGGGAGGAAGAGGAUAGGGAAUGAGAAUGGACUGACUGUGAAGGUUGAGUGUGAAGGGGUUAAGGGGUGCUGGGCAGAAUUGAUUCGUGGGUAG